AUGUUUAUAGCAAUGUUUGAUCCGGAUCUGCAAACAAAAAUAUCAAUCGCCGAGCACAACAUCGGAGGAACUGUCCAAAAAAAGUUUGAGGCAGUGGCUACUGUGUUUAGUGAAAACUUCAAUAAUGGUCUGGAAUCUGCCGGUGCGUCGUUCACGGUAUACCAAAAUGAUAAGCUACUUAUCAACUUGUUUGGUGGAUUGCGAAAUGUGGAGAAGAAGCAACCAUGGGUGGAGGAUACAACUUCUGUGAUUUUUUCAACAACAAAGAGCAUAUCAGCUGUGAUUCUGGCAUACACUCUCGACAAACAUCAAAAGGGUAUCAGUUAUGAAACAAAGAUCUCCGAUAUCUGGCUAAAUUUUGGCAAGAAUGGAAAAAAGGACAUCACAAUUUUGGAUGCGGCACUUCACCGGGCUGGACUUGCUUACACCGAGGAAGUUCUAGAAAGAGAGGAUAUUACGAAACCGGAAAAGAUUGCAAAGUUUUUUGAAGAAGCCACUCCGAUGACAAAUGGAUCUGAUGUCUUGUAUCACGCACUGACAUUUGGACUUCUCCUGGACCAAAUUGUGCGAAGAGUUGACGAAAAACAACGAGGGAUUGCUGAAAUUCUAGAUGAAGAUUUUAUUAAAAAAUAUGGUAUCAAAAAUCUAUCAAUCGGCUUGAAAUGUGAGACUCAUAACGAGAAAGUUGCCAAACUGACAGAACUGGACGAUUUGGAAAUCGAGAGACAAGGGGUACUUAAUCCGGAAGCUUUGGAAAAGUUCAUGGCUGGCGAUAACAUUCAUCAUCAGAAGCUGUAUUCAAUUUUCCCAUGGAUUACAACGGACGAUUAUAACUUGGUUUCCAAUCGUCUUCUUCCAAUGCCCUCCAACAUGGGCAUCUCUAAUGCGGAGGGACUGGCUCAUUUCCAUUCAUUGGUUGCUAGCAAGCAGAUGCUCUCCAAAGAAUUUUACGAGAAAUUAGAGAAACCAGUUUUAGAGCACACUUAUGAUCAUGCAAUUGGAUAUGAAGAAAGCAAGGGAUACGGUUUUCAGUACACGAAGAACCCAAAGGGACAAUGGAUAUUUGGCCAUUCGGGAUUCGGGGGCCAAAAUGUCAGGGUUGACUUGAAUAAUGGACUGACAAUGGCCUACGUAUCAAAUGGAAUGAAAAUCACUGACGCGGAUAUGGUGGAGCCGUGGAGAAAUCUGGUUAAAGAGGUCUAUCGAGUAUUCUUUGAGCAGAACGAUAUUAAAUAA